GCGUGCCUCCAGGCGCGCAGCAUGGCCGACCUGCCGGACGCUCGUUCUCUCACCCUUUCAUCCGGACCCCGGCCGGUCUUGGUCCUGCGCCCACCUCAUUGAUCUGCCACGCAGCAGGCGGAACGCUCUCUCAUCCUGGACACCAUCGGGGCCCUUAACUGGCGGAGGCUGGCUUUAAAUCGAGGCGAGAUGAAGAGCUUGUCUACCCGCCUCAGGUCGACCAACAGAGCCUAUCCCACAGACAGGGUUCAGGGGUCACGGCCAUCGCUGGCUUCACUGCGGUAUCUGAAUUUGGUGAUACUGUACAUGGGCUGUGUUCCGCAGAAGGGGUUCGAGGUUAAAUAGGUUUACAGCAUACACGAACCUGGCCAUCUGGUUUGAGUUUAGGCAGGGUUUAGUGGUGAUGUGUAUGGAGUUUCAAGGUUAAAACUAGGGAGUACAGAUUUGGUGUAAAUACCUACUUGUGAUUUUCCCAAUACCACGAUUGUAAAUGUCUAACAUCACACGCCUCUUGUUCCUUGAAAAGAAUUGUGAAAGUAUGCUGAAUCUACUUAUAUUUAUUAAAACAGAAGUAUAAUAACUGUUCAGACUUGGAAAUAAGUCUUCACAGCACUGUUUAUAUGUAAUUCAAUUUGGCGAUCUUAUAGUUUGAAGAUUGCGUUCCUCCUAAAUUGCAGUUUUGUAAUGGAUUGGUUGUAGGGAGAUGUGCUGUGAUUUAUGGCUGCGAUGACGGCAGACGCAUUAGCUGGUCUCCUGUUCCUCGGUGUCAUUAGGCUGUUCACAGCUUCUUGAUAAAAUCUAUAAAUUAAAGUGUCCUGAGACACUGUAUCGAUCUCAACAUGGCAGUUUACUUGGCCAAGUGUUUGAUGGUUUGCCAUCAUAGCAAAAACUUACAAUAAAAAAAAAAAUAGCACUAUAAUAACUACAGGAAUACUUGCAAAUUUUCAGAAUGGGUUGGUUUUUCAUGUUCUGAAAAAUUGUCAGUCCGGCCCAUCAAAGGUAGCUCGAGGGCGGUGCGUGUCGGAGCGCACAGUCCGGCUUCCUGUCAUUAGCGUAACCCUUUAGUGGGGUUUGUCGGGGAGGGGCCGGGUGUCGCGGGCUGACCUCCGCUUUGUGGUGAAGCAGAUUUAAUUACGCUGCACAUGAAGCAGCACCGUCUCUGUCGACUGUGUGAGGGGUUCCCCCUGCUCCGAUACUACGGGUGGAAAUUGGUUCAAGAUUAAAUCUCGACUGCCUUUUAGCUGUUGGUUUGUUGGCUUUUUGUGGGGGAGGGUAGAGAAUAGUCCUAAAAUGGAUCAGUUUAUCCAGAUAGUUACCAGCUGUUCCUUUUUGUGUUUCUUUGUAAUUGUGCUGUUGAUGCGGUGAGGGAGUAAUGGUACGUGGGCUUCAGGAGCUCCGGUGAGGCUGGGCGGGGUUUGGUGGUGAGCGACCGGCCCUGUGCUGCUGUUUGUGUUGGCACUGAGCUCUGAGGUGAUGGAUGACUCACUCAUUGGCCAUUAAAGGCCCACGCUUGUUCUCAGGCUCCUCCGCUACCUACACUCCUCCCACACGCGGCUCCGGGGGGGAACGAUGUUGCAGAGCGAUCGCGCCGAUAAUGCCCCACCAGCCCUGCUGCGAUUGGCUGAUCUGAGCUGUGCAAUUCCAUGCGACUGUCGCUAGUUCCCUCCCCCACCUGCUAUUCUCCUCCCUCUCUCUCUCCCUCCCUCUCUCUCUCUGAGGCAGUGUUCCAGAGAGGAUAUCUGUGGCUUGCAGAGAGCAGAGGAUUAGCUCAACCACUCAUCUCAUCUGCAUAUAGAUGCCUAGGGAGGCUGACUAAGGGACUACACUCACUCUCACACACACACUCUCACACACUCACUCUCACACACUCACUCUCACUCUCACACACACACACACACUCAGAUCCUGAACCUGCUCUGUUUUUUUUUUGUUUUGUUUUUUUUUUGCAUCUAUCCAGCUCAGGACUUCACUGUUCCCGGGUUUAAGGAAUCACUAUUUUUUUCCCCGUUUUGUCGUACCUGGAGUUGGAGCCGGGAGCACGCAGGGAAGUGGUUUGUUUUGGUCGCAUUUGGCUUCCAAGGGCUUCCGGUCCCCAGCCUAUCCGUGGCCCGUCAGCUGAGCAAUGAAGGAUGCUCGCGCCGUGACGGGAACCCUCUGAGCGUUCUGGGGAGCGUCGCUGUGUUUUGUUUUUUUUUGUUGUUGUUGUUGUUGUUGUUUUUCUUUUCCUUCUGUCUCCCGUUGCCCGAAAGGCAUCCAGUAGCGGGGCUUCCCGAGAACCCCCCCAGCAGCCGCACAGAACCAGCGAGCCCACUGGACGGCAUGCCGUCACAGGGGUCCUACGCCCUGCGCAGGAGGGACAAGUCCCUGGUGCACAAGGCCAAGCAGGAAGACAAGGAGCAAGAGCUGUUGGCGGCGGCCCUGGGCGUGAGGAUGACUCCCCAGAAGCCGCCUGCCGCCCUCUGGCAGCCGCUAAAACUGUUUGCCUAUUCGCAGCUCACCUCACUGGUGCGGAGGGCCACGCUGAAGGAGAAGGACCGCGCGCCCAAGUACGAGAAGGUCCACAACUUCAAGAUUCACACGUUCAGAGGGCCACACUGGUGUGAAUACUGCGCCAACUUCAUGUGGGGACUCAUCGCUCAGGGAGUCAAAUGUGCAGACUGCGGGCUGAACGUCCAUAAGCAGUGUUCCAGGAUGGUGCCGAACGACUGCAAGCCAGACCUGAAGCACGUGAAGAAGGUGUACAGCUGUGACCUGACCACGCUGGUCAAGGCCCACAAUGCCAAGCGGCCCAUGGUGGUAGACAUGUGCAUCCGGGAGAUCGAGUCACGAGGGCUGAAGUCAGAAGGUCUCUAUAGAGUGUCCGGCUUCAGUGACUUAAUCGAAGACGUCAAGCUGUCCUUCGACAGAGAUGGGGAGAAGGCCGACAUAUCCAUGAACGUGUAUGAAGACAUUAACAUCAUCACGGGCGCCCUUAAACUCUACUUCAGGGAUUUGCCCAUUCCUGUCAUCACUUACGACGCUUACCCACGCUUCAUCGAGGCUGCCAAGCUGACGGACGUCGACGAACGUUUGGAAGCACUGCACGAGGCUCUGAAGCUGCUACCUCCAGCUCACUGUGAAACUCUGCGGUAUCUCAUGGCGCACCUAAAAAGGGUGACCCAACACGAGAAGGACAACCUGAUGAACGCAGAGAACCUGGGCAUCGUGUUCGGGCCCACCCUGAUGCGCGCGCCUGACCUCGACGCCAUGACGGCGCUGAACGACAUCCGCUACCAGAGACAGGUGGUGGAGUCUCUGAUCAAGAACGAGGACAUCCUGUUCUAGCCCCGCCCACCGCCCUGCCCUGCCUGCCCAUCGUCGGCGCGGUCUGCGGUCCUGCGCUGCAUUACUGUUUCUUUUUUUGUGCAAAGACAUAAAUCAGGUUAUGAAGGACUCUUUGAAAAGCAGUAUUCUUUUCUCCUCUCAGCCACCCCCAACCCCACUCCCAGUCCGAUGGACCAGUACUAAUUGCUUAAUGUUCUGUUCUCACCCGUUUCAUGGGCGUGGAUUUUGUACCUUACAUUUGCAUGUCUCCUCCCCAUUUUUGUCGGGGGUCGUCGGAAACGAACGGCGGGGACGCGCCGAGCGAGGGAGGGUUUCAGGGUUAUUAUGGGAUAGCCCCGUAGCACCUCCCAUUUGCCGUGUGGCAGAAGCUCGCAAAGUCCGGUGUGUCGUGGCUGUGCUUUGAUUUGUCCCGUAGUUGUAUAGUAGUUCCCACUUGCCAAACGGGUCUUUUGGGUUUUCUAACACGUAAAUGUGAAAGAUUCCGGUGAAUUUUUUGGUGACACUUUGCUUGGACUGCCUGAAAUAAAAGCUGCAAUAUAAACCUUGUAAAGAAAUGUUUAUUAAAUCAGUGUGGACACACUUCAGUUGUCAGGUACAUUGCCAGUGACAUGCAUUCGGUGUGGUGGUCGGUGCAGUAUUAUAGUGGAUGCCAGCCCUGGGUGUCGUAUUCUAAAAUUUGGGUUUGAAAUAUAAUUUUGAUUAAUUUACUGCUUCAAUGUUGUUUUCCAGUCAGCAAGAUUAUUUUUUUUAUUGCAGGCAUUUAAUAUUAUUUAUACUCAUGCUCUUCAUAUUAAGUGUCCUAGGAAUGUCAUGUAAAAUAUUCACACAUGGCUCUUCAAGUAAAGUGUCACCAUUAAUUUUAAAGCCCUGUGAUAUUUUUUAGUCACUUGUCUCUGCCUGAUAUCUGCCGUAAGGUGUGGAACCUCUUGAGUUGAAACUCUAGCUCAGUUCCUGAAUGAUAUCACAGUCUGUCUACUUUGUAUUUUAUGGUGAUCUGGGCUUCAAAUAAUAAUAAUAAUAAUAAUAAUAAUCAAAACAAAAAACUCUUGCACUCUUAACAGAUCUGGCUGAUGUAUUUUGGUUGUAAUGUUUUUGGGUUUUUUUUGUAUAUGAAUUGAGCAUGAAUACAUUAAUUUAUUAAACUUCACUUUUAGACACG